CUGCCAUCACCCGUCGCACAGCAUGGACGUCAACGAUCUGCACACCUCCGCCGACGCCGCGGGAGCUGCGGCGCCCGCGCAGCAGUCCACGACGGCAUCUGCUGCCACGCCAGCGCAGCCGGCACCGACGCUCGAGGCCGAGGUCUCGGCGCUCGUCGGCUCGCUCGGCUCGUGGUGGAGCGGCGUCAGCAAGAAGUCGGCAGAGCAGCUGGCCUCUGCGCGCGAGCAGAUCAACGCGCAGGGCGGCAUCAUCGCACUCGCCCGCUCCGAGGCCGCCAAGUUCGAGGCGCAGCUCACGGCUGCGCAGGCGUCGGCGCGCAAGGCCGCCCAGACGCCGCUCGACUCGGCCGGCGAGAAGAGCAGCAAGGGCAAGGGAAAGGCGAAGGAUGAUGAGGACUGGCUCGGCGAUUCGCGCCGCGAGAAGGAGGGCGAGUACAGCGAGGAGGGCGAGGCGCUGCCGCUCUCGCCCGAGGAGCGCGGCCUGCUGCGGCAGCAGAGCGACCUGCACGACAAGGCGUCGCAGUCCGAGCUCGAUGACAUUGCCAACGCUGGGCGGGCCGCACUCGGCUCUGCGCAGGCCUGGUUCUCCUCGCUGGCCGAGGACAAGCGGCUCAAAGAGCUGCAGACCUCUGUCUCGUCCACCAUUGCAUCCUUCUCCUCCAACACAUCGGCGCCGCAAGCGGAUGGCGAGCAGACCGGCCAGCGGCAAUUGCUGCCGUCGCUCGUGUCGAGCAUUCAGGCCUCGCUGCCGCACCUCGACCUCAAGCAGAGCGAGGCGCUAGCAAAGCGCUACUGGGACCAGUCGCAGCUGCUGGCGAAGGAUGUCGGCGUGGAGGUGAAGGCGAUGAUGGGCGACCUUGUCAAGGUCGUGCCGCCGGAGGAGGCUGAAGGCAAGCAGGCGGGUGAGUGCAACAGGCUUCGCUCAGACAUGCGCGGCUGCUGACGCCGCCGGUCAGCUGUCGUCUCGGCUUCGAGAAGUAGCGGAGACGAGGGUGUCGCAGCGAAGCCGGCUGCCGCGUCAGUGCCCAUGUCGGCUGCGGCUUCGGCCACCGAGGCGUCUGAUGCCGGCUCUGAGGCCUUCGAGUGGGACACGGACGCCGAGCACGCCUCGCGCCUGGACCGUGCCGCUGCGCCGCCCGUCGUGUCCGAUGCGCCGCAGCGCGCCGCGCUCCCAUCUGCAGCUGCUGGCAGCGCGGACAAGAUGGGCACAGCCGCGCGCAAGGACGACGACGCAGACAGCGGCGAUUCGGACUGGGAGUGAGCAGCGUCCAUCACACCGCCUCGCGGCGCUCGGCCGGGUCUGUAUGCUAGUCUGAGUGCUGCAAUGGAGUGGUG